AUGGGGGUUCCUAAGCCCAACCUAGAGGCGCUCGAGGGACAGCGUCUCACCUUGGAAGACAACAUCCUCAAGCUUCAGAAAUCACUCUACCACUGGCGGAUUUGGGAAGCAGAAUACGAUGGUCUGCGCGAGGAAAUCAGCAAUCUGCCGAAUGACGCCCUAGCCGAAGAAGUGCUUGCGGUUGGCCGCGAAUUUGGAGGCACAUUGGUGAACGAGGAGGAAGUGCACGUCAUCCUUGGUGGGAAAGAAGGCCUGACGCGGUCUCGCACACAAGUGGUCGACAUUCUCGGCCGCCGAAUCGACUAUGUCAAGCAGAACAUCGGGACCAUGGAGAAACGUCUGCGCGCAGCAGAAGAUGAGUUGGAUGGUCUUGAUUUCAACGGUCAGGCCUCUGCGCAAGGCGAGACCUUACUCCCCAUGUCGGAAAUCAUGGAGGAGCUGGACGAGGAAGGGCGGGUGAUUUCCAGUUCCGUCAAUACACCCGGAGACGAUGCGCCACAGCUCUUAAAUGCUCUGAAGAAGGCAGGGGUUGAAAAUAUUCCCGACAUGGCUGCUGGGGAGAGCAGUGCCACCGGUAGUUCCUCAGCUGUGCGCGAGAGUGUCGCGCAAGCGCCGGCUCAAUUAGCCGCUGAUCCCGAGAUUGGUACACAUGGCCCGCACUCUGCACCAGAAGCAAGCGGCACAAAUGCGGAUGAUCAGGUCGAUCUUUCUCGUCCGGUGUCUCUGGUUACUGAAGAGGACCGCAAACAACUACCGGUAACCGAUGUCAAUGAAUCUACAGAAGAUGCCCAACUCCGCCGUGAGAUGUUCCAGUACGGCAUUAAUGAAGUGGGCGCGAUUGUGGCGGAGCUGGAGAUGGAUGAGGAUGCAAGCGAUGUAUCUGUCGACGAGGAUUAUGAGUACCAAACGGACGAGGACGAUGAUGAGGAUGAAUUCGGCCGCUCCUACUCAGUGCUCUCCGAAGAUUACCACCAGCAGAUGCGCGAACUGGAGGCUAAGCUCAACGCCCGGGGAAUGUGGAAUAUGGGCAAGGAUUCGCAGUCGCUUCCUGCAGAUGUCAGGGAGGAAAUCGACCCACCGGCUGUGGAACAGAGUGGGCCAGCAAAUGGCAAUGUUGAUGGCCCUGUCAAAGAAAAGAAGCCCAAGAAGCGCGUUGCAUUCGCCGACGAUCUUGAUAUUGCGCCUGCGCCUAAUCCUCCAGCUGCAGAGAAGAGGACACUUCCUCCGCGGCCAGAUGUCCCGGUGCUUUCGGACUCGAUUGUCGAACGGACGGAUAACUCGCAGGAUACUCGUCCAGCGGCUACAGAGGCUCCCAAGAAGGUCUCGCGCUUCAAGAAGGCACGAGACGCAGCCCCUGAAAGCGGUACCAUGGACAACACUCCCACUAGCAGAUCCUCACAUUUUGCCGAAUCUCGGGAUACGAGAAAACAAACCAACGCGACUCCUUCGUCGGUGCCCCCUCCCCUUUUCCCGGCCACGCCGAAGGAACCCAAACCCUUCUCUACUCCGAUCACCGACGUUCCCAAUAUCCCCUCUGCUCCCCAACCCCCGGAGGGGAAAACUUUGGCCGAUAGGCUGGUCGAGCGCGAUAUCACCCCGGGAACUGCCGCGGCACCCGAAGGAGAAGAGCUAGAUGAAGAGAUCCACCGUCGCGAGAUCGCCACUGAAUUCUACAAAGCGCGGAACCGCCUCGUCCACCAGAAUGGCGGGUUCGUCAACGAUGACGAGCAGGAGAUGGUUCCUAUUGAAGACGAGGACCCACCGAAACGGAUCAGCAAGUUUAGAGCUGCUCGGAUGAGAUAG